AUUUACAACAAUUAUUUUUUUUAUGUAGAAAAAGUUAAGUGCCAAAUCCCAAAAAAAGUUUGCAAUAUUAAUUUGAUAUUAGUUAAAGAAUAAUAUAAAGUACGAAACCGAAACAUUUGAAAAUUUUUCAAAAUCAAAACAGUGAUGCAAAACAGUGGUGCAAAAAACUUUAUAAGGAAUUACAAAACAAAGAACUUUUGCAAUUUAAUUCAAAGACAUCUAUUGUUCAGCAAUUGAAACUGUGAACGUCAUACAGAGGUAUAUUGCGAAAUGGAAAAUAUUGAUGUGAACUAUUAUGGGCCGCAUUUUAAUACGAGACAUCAAGUAUUGGCCAAGUAUAGCACAGCACUUAAGCAACUUCGUUCGUUCGCAGAGAGAUCGUACGAACUACGCCCAUUUGUUUUUGACAAUUUUGUGCUCUUUCAAUACUUCCAACAUCGUAGUAGUAAUUUGACAGAGCCGUCGCUAAGAGGAUCAUCUGAGACGACGGGGUACUUGAAUUUUUCACCAAUGACGUUCUUAAAAAUAGAGCUUCUAAAUCAUAUAUUGGAUCGAAGGAGACAAAUUUUAUAUUGGCUGUUUUACCUACUGCUGGCCGUACUCUGCAUAUUUGUAUACCGUCAUGAAACUUCAUCUUCUGUUGCGGAGAGAAGUGUGAGGUCGAUGGUAUAUCCUGGCAUGCGUAUGUGGCGGCGAAUGACGUUGCCAUUGAUUGAACGAUUUCCACGUCUCACUGAACUUUACGAUGAAUCUUGUUUAAUGGGAAAUCCAUUUUUUCAAGUCGACGAUAUAAGUUGUUCACCAUGUUCACAUGUCAAGUCUGUGGUUGAUCUGACAUCAGCAUUUGAAAAUGAGGACUCUGGAAAUACAAAGAUUCAAGCCAAUGAUGAAGUAAAGAAUUUUAUUCAAAAUAUAAUACAAUCAGAGUAUGUGCCUUUUGUAUUCAAGAUUAAUCAAGACCCUAUAGAACUACAAGAAGUUUACAAUAUGUAUUUAAGUAACCAAGAUAUUUUUGAACGUGAUGCGUACCGUGUCCAUUCUACCAAUCGUGAUGUGACCAAUCUUGAAGAACUUUUUAAUCAAUUUAACCAAACUGUCACGACUGAAACGCAUAAUCUAUGGCGAUGCAAUCGUAUGCUCCCCGCACGUCUUCUUCGAAAACUUAUUGCUCGGCCAUCAACUUUGCCAAGCAGUUUGGCUUUAGAGCGAUAUAUGGCUAUAGAUACACCACAAGCACAAUCAUAUACUCUACCAGACACAGAAUGCCCACAUGUCUACAUUCAGCAAGCUCUGGGUACUCGAUUUAUUAUUUUGAGACCAACUGGUGAGUGUCGACAUCGCUGUCGCACAUUAUCCAUACGCUUGCCGCAGUCGUUUGUAUUAAGUUACAAUUCAUGGUAUUGGAAACCCAUUUCUGCCCCAGAUCCAGUAUCCGACUCGAUAUCAAUUAGCCUUAUUGGAUCAUAUUGUUAGACUGGUGAACUUGAAUACAGCUUGUACAACUGAAGUUAAUGCAUAUACGAACGAAACAUUUUCAAAUAUUUUUUUAUGUUUUGCAAUUUUUACAUUCUUUUAAUUAUACCCUUUACCUUCGAGAGAAGUGUAUAUAUAAGUUUGUCAUUCCGUUUGUAAUUUCCACAAUAUAAUUUUCCGAUCCUAUAAAGUACAUAUAUUCUGGAUCCUUAUAGAUAGCGGAGUCGAUUAAGCCAUGUCCGUCUCUAUGAGUGUUGAAAUCAACUUUCCGAAGCCCACAAAUAACUUACAUACACGAUUCAUACAUUAAUAUCUCCGCAAUUCUUCCGGCUUGGUUGCUAUUUAAAAUCGAGAAAAUCGGUCAACAAAUGGCUGAGAUAUAAGAAAAAUCCAGGACAAUCUCGAUUUUUGACCUAGAUAUAUCUGGAUUACUAAGUCAUUAAUAUAGACAAUAUGGAUAUCUAAUGAUAGAUAUUUCAAAGACCUUUGCAACGACGUAUAUAAGUCCAUAGUAAGUUGUACCUACAAUGCGUCAAAAUCGGACAAACAUUUUUUUAACCCGAUUUUUUUUCACCAAAUGUUUUUUUUAAAUUUAAAAAAAAAAAUUAAAAACAAGUCGAAACUAAUUUUUUUUCCAAAAAAAAUAAAAAAACAACUGAAAAAAAAAUUUGUUUACCUAAAAAUAUUUAUGAUUUUUUUUGAAGUAUAAUUUGGUGAAGGGUAUAUAAGAUUCGGCACAGCCGAAUAUAGCUUGUUUUAUUUAAAUUUGCUGCUAUAACCAAAUUAAUUUUUAUACGAACCACUAUUUAAAAAUGAGAACGAUAUUUUUGAAACAAAAUCCCCGUGAAAUUCUUCCUCUGUUAUUUUAAAGGCAUUUAAAGUUACACAUUUAGCUAUAUUAAGGACCUAUAAAUAUUUUAUUUUUACAAGUUUGUUUAAGUUUUUUAUUCAGUGCCUCAUUUUGUAAAACGAAGCGUUCAGAAACGUAAGCAAUUUGUAUGAAGAAUACUGGGAAAAGGGUUUGAAACUUGAAUAUUUUCCAAACAAAAUUAGUUUAACGUUUGUCGUUUCGUUUUAUAAAAUGAGGCCCUCAUUUUUCAAUUAUGAUUAUUAACAAAGUUUUUGAGGGUCUCAUUUUGUAAAACGAAGCGUUCAGAAACGUAAGCAAUUUGUAUGAAGAAUACUGGGAAAAAGGUUUGAAACUUGAAUAUUUUCCAUACAAAAUUUUUUUAACGUUUGUCGUUUCGUUUUAUAAAAUGAGGCCCUGAAUAAAAUUCGAAAAGUUUCGGAUAUUUAGAAAAAAAAAUAAUGCAGGCGUUUGAAGAGAAAGCAACGGCGUAUAUUUUUGUCAAUAUUUACACUUUAGUAAUAUAACACUUUCAUAUGUAUUAGAUGUAAUAGCUAUUAAAAUGUAUUUUAAUUUCAAUUGAAAAUAAUAAAUAUUAAGGGCUUCAUUUUAUAAAACGAAACGUUUGGAAGCGUAAGCAAUUUGUAUGAAGAAUACUGGGAAAAUGGUUUGAAACUUGAAUAUUUUCCAUACAAAAUUUUUUUAACGUUUGUCGUUUCGUUUUACAAAAUGAGGCUCUAAAACAUUUUA